CCACCGAACUUGGGAGAAACACGCAUUCUCUUCCCCUCAGCCACAGAAGAAAAAAAUUCCACACCGCUUUUAAAUUUCCAUCCUCAGCUGGUUGGCUGAGGCCUAAAAAUCUAAAGCCUGUAUCAAAGAAAGGAAGGAGAAGAAGAAAUGGAGCAGCCACCAGCAGCACGUGAAUUACCGCCCCAUCUCCCUGAUGAACUCGUCGUUCUUGAAAUUCUCCCGAGACUCCCUGUCAAGUCACUCUUGAGAUUCAGAUGCGUUUCGAAAUCAUGGCUUUCUUUGAUCUCAACACCACAUUUCAUCAGAGUCCAUCUCGAAAAAUCAUCCCAAAACAAAGAUUACAGCCACCUCAGCCUCAUUGCACAUACUUCUGCCCCGCGUUUUGCUUUCAAGAAUUGCUCUGUUCAGUCUUUACUGCAAGAACCGGUUACUCGUGCAGCUAAUAUUGAUUAUCCUGUUGAAAAGGCUCCUAGUUCAAUCUCUAUUGUGGGUUCUUGCAAUGGGUUGGUUUGCAUUGUUGUAGACUGUGAACAAAUUUAUAUAUGGAAUCCAUCAACGAGAAAAUCGAACAAAUUGAAAGAUUCAGGUUUUAUAAGAAAGCAGCAUUGCUAUACUAUUUACGGUUUUGGAUAUGAUGAGAUCAAUGAUGAUUACAACGUAGUGGCAAUUUUACGGGCUCUUAAUCAUGUGAAGAUUGAGACGAAGGUUUAUAGCCUAAAGAGUGACAAGUGGAGAAGGAUUGAGGACAUUCCUGGCUGUUUCCCUUUUUAUAGUUGGGGGAAGUAUGUUGAUAGAAAGUUACACUGGCCAGGCUAUAGUGGUAAGCAAGACAGGGCUGUUGUUUCUUUUGAUUUAGCUCAAGCUAAAUACGGAGAAUUGAAGCUUCCAACUAAUGGAGAGGGAGCGUCCUUUCCGGUACUUGGAGUAUUAGGGAGGUGCCUUUCUGUAACUUAUGAGUAUCAGAGGUCCAAUACUGUGGAUUUGUGGGUGAUGAAGGAGUAUGGAGUGAUGGAAUCUUGGACCAAAAUUCUUACUUUUCCAAGUUUUGGAAUUCGCGGUCCUGUGCCACUGUGCAUUUCAAGGAAUGAUGAAGUUUCAAUCCAAUUUGGAUCUACUUUCAGGCUGUACAGUUUGCAGGAUGAUUCCAUGGGAAAUCCUAAGACUAUCAACAUGGAUGGAUGCCGUGAUGCAACCAUCUAUGUUGAGAGCCUGGUUUCUGCAAGUGCUACAGAAAAAGAAGAAAGGCGAUAUGGAUAACAAAGGCAAACAAUGUAAACAUCGCGCACCCGUACUUUUCUUUUGUAAUUCUCUUGUCAUGUAGUUGGCUGUUCCGUUCUUGAUAAGAAAUGUGCAUGCACUUUGUAUUCUGCAGGAAGGGACAUGGUAGGAACAACUUUUAUGCUUUACGUUUAACGCCCUAAGAGAUGAUUCCUCUGAGAAUUAAAA